CACUUCCUGCUACGUCCUGCGCUUUGUAGAGGCGUGUAGUUUGGUUUGCGGAUGCUGAAAAGGCUCGCGAGCACUCUUACUGUAAACACACUGCACAGAGAGGUUUCUUGUGGGUUAUUUUGUUCAUUGUGACAGUAAACAUCUAGCCAAAGAAACAUGGCCCUGUGCUCCGAGGCUGCUAACGAUAUCGCCGCCGUGACUGGAAAGCUGAUGAAGGAGAGGAAAGUGGCCGUUAUCACCGGCAUCACCGGACAGGAUGGUUCCUACCUGGCUGAGUUCCUGCUCGCUAAAGGCUACGAGGUUCAUGGUGUUAUGCGUCGCUCCAGCUCCUUCAACACGGGUCGCAUUGAGCAUCUUUACCAGAACCCACAGACGCACACUGAAGGCAACAUGAAGCUACAUUAUGGUGAUCUGACUGACAGCACGUGCCUGGUGAAGAUCAUCAACCAGGUGAAGCCGACAGAGAUCUACAACCUGGGCGCUCAGAGUCAUGUCAAGAUCUCCUUCGAGUUGGCAGAGUACACCGCUAACGUGGAUGGCAUAGGUACUCUUCGUCUCUUGGAUGCCGUGAAGACAUGCGGUCUGACCCACACCGUGAAAUUCUACCAGGCCUCCACCAGUGAGCUGUACGGCAAGGUUCAGGAGAUCCCUCAGACGGAAACCACGCCCUUCUACCCUCGCUCACCUUACGGUGUCGCGAAGCUCUAUGCCUAUUGGAUCGUAGUGAACUUUCGAGAGGCCUACAACAUGUUCUCUGUCAACGGGAUCCUCUUUAACCACGAGAGCCCGAGGAGAGGUUCAAACUUUGUGACGCGUAAGAUCACCCGUUCUGUGGCAAAGAUUCACAUCGGCCAACUGGAGAGCUUCAGCCUGGGCAACCUGGACUCCAUGAGGGACUGGGGCCACGCCAAAGACUACGUGGAGGCUAUGUGGCUGAUGCUGCAACAGGAGGAGCCAGAGGAUUUCGUCAUAGCGACGGGGGAGGUGCACAGCGUGAGGGAGUUUGUGGAGAUGGCCUUCAAACAUGUGGGGAAAACCAUCGUGUGGGAGGGGAAGGAUGAGGAGGAGGUUGGCCGUUGCCAGGAAACAGGAGUGGUACAUGUGAAGGUGGACCCUAAAUUCUUCCGUCCUACCGAAGUGGACUACCUACAGGGCGACAGCACCAAAGCCUAUCGGAAGUUCGGUUGGAAGCCAAAGGUUACUUUUGAGGAGCUGGUGAAGGAGAUGGUGGAUUCGGACAUCGAGCUGAUGAAGAAAAACUCAAACGCAUGAGUCCAAAUCAGUCAUUCCAUGAGAACAGAAACAUUUUAGCACUCCUGUGUUCUUCCAAUAGUGGAAUGAACAUGUUGUAUUUUUACCUUUUUAUUACAUUUCCAAAUGAAGUAAUUGUGUCCUCUUUUGGUUCGUUGAUGGGGUUUGAUUUUAGCUUUUUAUGCCUUUGUGUCUUACGGGUCUAUUUCUUCAUUUACAGUCCAUGAUUUCUUGCCAUCGUGUCAUUUUGAUUUUGUUUUCUUGUCAUAGCAGAGAUUCCUUUUUAUAUUUCCACACUGAUCAUGUCAUAGUUUAUAUAGAUGGCACGUUUUAAGGGUUUAUUUAUGUCUUUGUUUCUUUUGAUUGUAGCUAAAUUGAUUUAAUUUUAACUUUCUGUCCGUGGAUGAAAUGGCAGAAUAUAUAAAUAAACAGAAACAUGAAGAUUUUAUCUUUUAUUGGAAAAAAUAAAUCAAUGGGUUUAUUCAUUGUCUGACAUAUUAAAAGAAGACAUGGUACAAUAAAGACUGGUCUUUUUA